AUGCAUUUAACUUUAGAAACAGAAUUAGGAGUAAAUAACUUGAUAAUAAAUGAUUUUCCAAGAGAUGAAUAUGCUGAUUUUCUGAGUUAAAAAUCAUUAUCUGAACAUGGAUUUCCAGUACCAGAAAUAAAAAGAAAAGAUGAAGAUGCAAUACCACCACCUAAUUCUAAAGAUUAACAAAUUAGUUUUAUGAUGAGUCCAAUAAUGUCACCUAGUUAUGAAGGAUGUAAGACUAAUGAAAUACUUAUUGUUAAACCUAGUGCAAAUGGAGGAACAUAGACAUCGUUUUAAACUAAUUAUUCAAAAUUAAGGAAUUCAUAAUCAACAGUUGGAGAAGAUAUGAUGAGAUACUUAUAGAUAAGAAGAUUUUUUAAUCGGUUUAUGCGUUCCAUGCAUCUUUUUAGUAGAUUAUAAAAACAUCACUUAGAUAUUCUAAAUGACUCUGCUUCUAAUUAUGAUCCAAAAAUAUUUGGUUAAAGAUAAUUCAAUUUUAGACCUUUAGGAAUGAUGAAAAACCUUAAUCUUCCUAAAAUACCUUCUUUUAGUUAAAAAAUAGAAAAAACUAUUAAUAGAGUAGGUUAAACAAUUAAAUAGAAAAUCGAAUAUUGGGAUUAAAAUAUUAGAAUAUUCUAGCCAGAAGAAAGAAACAAAAUUAUAUGGGAUAGUUGUCUUUCUAUAUCUAGAACUUAUUUUAUUAUAUUAAUACCUAUGGAUAUAUCAUUUGAAUAAGAAUUUCUAUACUCUCCUUAACUAUAUACUCUAACAGUUAUUAUGACAAUACUUUUAAUGAUAGAUAUAUUACUUAAUUUAAAUACAGCAUAUUAUUAAUUUGGACUUAUUGUAAAUGAAAGAUCUAAAAUAUUUAAUCAUGUAAUAAGUAAAGCGUAUGGUUGUGAUGCUAUAUCAGUAAUUUACUUAUUUAUCUUAAUGUUUCUUGAUUGGGAUGAUUAUCAUGAGGAAAAACAAUAUAUUCUUGUUGGAUUAUUGACAUUUGUAGGAUAAUACUAGAACAUUACUAAAUUAAUUAGAUUAAGUGAAGAAGUUCUAAAUUUAACUAAAGUUACAGCUUCGAUCUUAGAAUUAGUAAAAUUGAUAGUUUUUUUAAUUUUUAUUUUGCAUGUUGCAACUUGCAUCUGGUAUGGAGUAUGAUAUUAAAUUUAUAUACUUAGGUAGGUAAUUACGGUUUGUAAUACCUAGGAUCUAGUUGGAUUGACAAUUAUAACUUAGAAGAUAAUAAUUGGGCUGAAAGAUAUUUGAGAUCCUUUUACUUCUGCACUGUUACUAUGUUUACAGUUGGAUAUGGUGAUUUAACUCCUUAAUGUAAUUAUAUAUUAUUCAUUUUAAUAUAGCCAAUCUAGAAUAUGUAAUUUGUAUCAUCUUUAUUAUGAUCUUUAGUAUCUAAUUACCAUAUAGUGUUAAUACUGUUGGAGCUAUUAUUGAUGAGAUUUCUAAAUAUAGUGAGUAGAAACUUUAAAAAUUGAGAAUCAUUAACACUUAUAUGACUAAAAAGAAAAUCAGUUUUUAAUUGUAAUUUUAAAUUAGAGAAUACUUAAAUUACUAUUGGGAAAUGGAAAAUACUUAAUAAUCGAAUGAAGAAUAAGUCAUUAUAGAAUAAUUAUCAGAAUAAUUAAGAGAAUAAUUAAUGGUUGAAGCUAAUUCUGUUGUUUUAAAUAACUGUUCUUUAUUUAAAAAUAACUUUUCACAUGAAUUUAAAAAAGCACUUGUUAAAAAAAUUAGAACAGUUUCAAUCUAACCAGAAAAUAUUAUAGAUUAUUCUACAGAACCUGAUGCGUAUCAAAAUGCUUAUCUUACAUUCAUUGAAUAAGGAGAAGUUGAAGUUUAAUUAUCAGAUUAAAUCUUCUCUCCUGGAACUACUUUUCAUAAAUUAACUUCAGGAAGUAUUUUUGGAUUAUAUGAAUUCAUAACAGGUUAAGAACAUAAAGAAGUAUAUAAGAGUGUGGGAUUUACUAAAUUACUCAUUUUACCAAGAUUAUCUUUUUUGAAAAUUUUAAAAGAAUUUCCAGAGGAUAGAGAAAAGUUUUGUUAAAUUAGAGAUAAUUUAUUAUAUAAUUUUUCAAAAUAAUCUCUAAAAAAUUUAGAUAUCUCUUGUUAUGUUUGUAAAUCUAGAGAACAUCGUUUUAAAGAUUGUCCUUUACUUCACUUUUGUCCUGAUAAAGAAAGAAUUAUAAAAUCUUUUAAUUUUGUUAAGGAAUAAGUCAGAGAAAAAUCAAUUAGAAAAUUCGCUUUAAAAUCUGAUAAUCGUUAUUUAUAUAAUAAUGCAUUAUUAGAUUUUAAAAUUGUUAAAGAAACAGCUGAAUAUAUUUAAGAUGAUUUUUGGCAAGAAACUCAAAUUUAUGAUUUAGACAUAGAAAAUGGUUAUAAUAGUCCAAAUAAUAAUAAUAAUAAUGGUGGUGCUUAAGGAUCUCCUUAACAUUCAUCUAGUUCUGAAGAUGAAAAAGAUGAAAUUGUUUAAGAAUUAUCAAGACCUUCACUUAAUUCUACAUAAAAAUUCCCUCGAUAAACUAGAACUACUAGAUUAUUAGAAGUUAAUUAAAUGAAAAAACUACAAGCUAGAAAAUCUAGUAUUUCUCCAUUAAUUCCAAGAACUUCUUCAUAUCUAAUUGAAACUUAAUAAUAACCUAAAUUAUCUAUAUUUAGUUAAUCAAAAUCAUUACAUACUAAUAAUAAUCAAAAUUCUGAUGAAAAAGUACAAUCUUAAGAUUCAGAUCAUAAAAAUGAAACAUCAAUUUAAUUACCUACUUAAACAACUGAUUAAAUUAAACCCACAAUUAGUCCAAUUAAAUAAAAUUUUAUGAAAUCAGCAUUGAAAAAAUUAAAUGAUAAUUCUCAUAAUCAUGAAAAUGAUAAUCAUUAACUAAAUCAAGAAGAAGAUAAAGCUAAAAAAGUUAAAGUUAAAUUUUAAUAAGCUUUUACAUUCAUAAAGAGAUUAAAAUAAUUAAAGAUCUCUAAGGAAGUUGAAAAACCUCGAAUUCAACCAAAAUAAUAGACCUUAGUAGUUUAAAAAUAAAAUUUAAAUUUAAUUUAGCAAAGAAUCUAAAGAAAGAGUCACACUUUGACUUUGCAAGAUCAAAAUAAAUUAGAUCUAUUGGUAAUAGAACUAAAUAAUUAAUUAAAUAAUAGAUUUUAGGAACUAGAUAAUUUUGAAAAUAAGAAAGAUUUUAAAAUCUAUUUGCCUCAUAAUAAUUUAGUAAAUUUAUAAAUAUCAACUAAAUUUCAUCCUAAAUUUUUAAGUAAUAUGACUCUUUAUAUAAAAUAUUUUUUAUAUCCUGCAGAAUUUAUAAAGAGAUAUAAGAAUAAAGAUCCAACAAUAUUGGAAGUUAAACCAGUAUCAUUUGCAACAUAGAUGAAUGCAUAUAAAGAUAUUUUGAAAUUUAGGAAAUAGGCUAGAAAAAAAAUAAAUAAAAAAUAGAUAAUGCCAGAAUGA